UCCUUUCUUAUGGUGGUCCUUUCUUCCACAUAUUUCCACCCUGAUCACAUUCAUUUGUGUGAGCUUUCGAGUCAGAUGGAGGGAGAAACACAAAGAAAGAGAUAAAACCAAGAAGUGAGUCAUUAUUCUGGAGAAACCUGGCAUAAAGUUGUCUUGGAAGGAAUAGAGGAAGGAGUUCAUCAUUUACCGCAACAUACAUACGGGUCGACCAAAUUCUCUGGCUACUGCUUCUGGCUCAAAAUGCUGUUUACUCUGGGACUUCUCUUUCUCCUCACCCCAUUUCCCUCCUUUCAAUCCACAACCAAUGAGAGUAGAAACUCCACAGUGAGCGACACAUCCAAACCCAAUGUCGUUUUCACCCAGUCAAAACCAAAAGUCACUUCUGCUCUUUCCAAACUGACCAUUCGCCCGACCCCAAAGCCAAACACAGUCGGUCAGGCAAUUCUACCCGCCCCUGCCACAGCAGCAGUGAAGGCUUCAAAAGUCAAUGAGGUGAAGGCUACCAAAGACAAGCCUGUCCCUACUGGAGUUCCAAAUAUUCAGUCAACAUCCCCAAAGACCGCUACCGCAAGCGGUGUUAAAACUGCCAAAAACAAGCCACUCUUCAAUCAGACUGUUGUCGCUAAAUCUCCGCCCAACAAAGACAAGCCUGCCCCAGCUGUUGUUCAAACUUCUCCGUCGACUCCAGCAAAGGCCGCCACACCUGGUCCUGCAUCGGACAAAGAUAAGGUCACACCUUCUGCUGAUCAGAGCGCCACGAUCAAAGCUCCCAUCACCCCCACCAAGGAAAAGCCUGCCCAAGUGCAACCAAUUAAGGUGGUCGUCAGUGAUGGCUGCGACUCCAGCAACGCCAAGGAGCACGAGCUGAAGCUGAAGCCUGGCGCUCCUCUGGUGAUGACCCAUAAGAUCAGCUUGUUGCCCGGCGGAUGCAAUGGGGGGUGUGAGUCUGAGAUAUCUGCGUUGAAAGGACGUUUGGCCCGACUGGAAAGAGAGAUGUCCUCUUUGAAAGAUAAAUGUCCAUGUUCAGCAAAUUGUCCAAAUGACUGCGGUGGCAACGGGGAAUGUGAGAAUGGCAAAUGUAUCUGCCAACAAGGAUUCACAGGUCUGGACUGCAAAACCACCAAAGGAAAAGUCAAGGUAACCGUGGAGACAGUGACCCUGCAGGUGAACAAAGACAAGGAAAGUAUGCAGGAGAAAAACCCCAAAGUAGAGCCCACACUCCUCCAGAAGAAGGAGCAGAAAACGGGACCUGACGCCAAAGAAGCUCACACCAAACCCAAAGUGUCUACUAAUGCUAAAGCAGGUCUUGUUAAGACACAAGCAAAUCAAGAAGUCUCUGUUAAGAAAAUUACUACUAAAAUUACUACAAGUGCCACAAAGUUCAGUCGAACUGUUGGUCAAGUUCUGUUGAAACAUGAGGGAGGAAAGCAGGAGGAGGCUCUCAAAGGCAAAACAACAAUCUUCACCUCCAAAAAUGUCAAUCAAAAAACUCCCGGUAAAACACAUUCCAGAUCUGACAAUCUAAGGGAUGAACCUCAAACCAAUGUAAACCAGAGUAAUGUGAAUAACUCUAAUGGCACGGCUAAAACGGAGACCAUUCUGACCAGGGUUGAGGUAACAAACAAAACCAGAGCAGGAAAGGAGACCUUGGAGCAGUCGACGCUGGCUGAGAAGAAUGUCACUCAAUCAUCUGGAAAUAAGCAAAACAAGAAGGUGAAGGCCGACACUACAAAUGUGCAAUCCGUUGUCAACAGAAACACUGAAACUGGCAAAAUUGGAAAAGAAAAAUUAACACAGAAGAGUCAGUAUCUGAUUAAUUCAAGCAUUGCAUCAACAUUCGUCGAGUCUCGAGUUCUGCAGAACAAAACAGCCAUCCAUGGAUCUGCGAGUGUUAGGGGUGUGGGGGGAUCUGGGUUAGGUUCUGUAAAGGUUGUGAACAUCUCCUCCUAUAGCUUCAUUGUCACGUGGGCGGCACCAAAAGGGAUGUUCAAGAACUUCACGGUGAUCAGAAGAGAGCCACGGACAGGAGGUGACGAAGAUGACCUAGAGGAGUUUGAAGACGAAGCUCUUGAAGGAAACAAGCUUUCCACGCUGAAGAACGCCACUGACGUCCAGGUACCAAGUGGGAGUACUAACGCAACCGCCACUUCCAGUAAAGCUGUUGCAUCUAAAGGCAAAAUUGAGACAAAGAGGAUCUCUAUGGUGGUCCCGGGCAACGUGCGCUCUGUGGAGUUCAGUAACCUCAGGGCAAACACAGGCUACACCCUGCAUGUGUAUGGCACUGCUGCUCAGAGGAGAUCAAAGAUUCACAAAGCAACUGCAAUUACAGGACCUGAGCCAGCCACAGAGAUGGUUUUCAGCAACGUAACAGAGUCUUCCAUCACCGUUGCAUGGUCCAAACCAAAGACGGCAUUCACUAGCUUCAGGGUCAUGUUCACCAACAUCAUGACAGGGGAGAGUCGCUUUGUGACAGUGGAGUCCCAGCUGUCUUAUGUGGUUUUGUCCAAGCUGUCUGCCGGAUCUUCCUACAUCAUCUCUAUAACUACCACAAAAGGCAGAGCUCAGAGUGACGCUCUCACGUCCCUUAUCACUACAGUGCCCGCUCCUCCAACACAUCUGCAAGUGAUCAACGUGACGGAUACCAGAGCUGUGCUGCAAUGGACACCCAGUCUGGGGAAAGUAGACCGGUUCAUCCUCAGCUAUGAGACCUCCAAGAUUCCUAAUGUGACAGUGACUGUGAUGCUGUCUGGAAACUCUGUGGAGCACCAGCUGAGAGGCCUGCAGCGAGGCACCCUGUACACAGUCAAAAUCCUCAGCCAGAAGGAUAGUCUGCAGAGCAUGGCCAUCUCAACGACAUUUACAACAGCCAAUGUGGUUAAAGCCAGUGAGGUGGGUGCCCGCUCUGCUGUGAUAGCGUGGAGAACUUCCACAGUUGUGUAUUACAGCUACAGACUGACCUACCAGGUGGCAGGAGAGGAAACAAAGGAGGUGAUCCUGGACCAGUCCACCACAGAGUAUAAGUUGACAGGCCUGUUGCCAACGUCACGAUACAUUGUUCUGGUACAAGGCGAGAGGGAUGGACAAUACACGUCCGUUGUCACCACAGAAUUUAUUACAGGCAAACUGCGUUUCCCUUUCCCCACUGAGUGUUCUCAGGAGCUGCUGAAUGGAGCUCUGCAAUCAGGAGAGGUGGACAUCUACCCUCAUGGAAAAGCGGGUCAAGCAGUCAGAGUCUACUGUGACAUGGACACUGAUGGAGGCGGCUGGACGGUGUUCCAGAGGAGGAUGAAUGGAAAGACAGAUUUCUACAAAACAUGGAAUGAAUACAGUGCCGGCUUUGGAAAUCUCAGCGAAGAUUUCUGGCUCGGAAAUGAGCUCCUUCACAACUUGACCAGCGUCGGUCCUGUGAGUCUAAGAGUGGACAUGCUCUCUGGAAAUGACACUGCAUACGCCCACUAUGCAAACUUCUCCGUUGAUUCGGCGGAGAGGCACUAUACUCUGGCGGUGUCUGGCUACACUGGAACUGCAGGUGACUCUAUGAGGUACCACAACGGACGCCCAUUCUCAGCCAAGGACAAGGACCCUGAUCCUCUUGGGAUUAACUGUGCCCGGGCGUACAUGGGAGGCUGGUGGUACAAGAACUGCUACAAGGCCAACCUGAAUGGCCUUUAUGGCAGCAACAGUGAUAAUCAGGGAGUAGUCUGGAUAGACUGGAGAGGUAAAGACUCCUCUGUUCCGUUCGCUGAGAUGAAGUUCAGACCGUCCAGGUUCUCUCCUGCAACCCACGGCUGAGAUUACAUCAGUCCUCUAUCACACCGGAUAAGCUGAGACAAGAUGACAGAUGACUAAUGAAAUCCAACAGACAGUGAAUCUCUGAGUUGUUGCAUGUCACAUACCAACUGAAAAUGCAUGUACAGUGCGUUUUAUACAGCUAUCGUUGUAUUAAUUCAACGUGCAACCUUUCUUUUCUUCAAAUCUGUAUUUUUCUUGAAAUAUACAAAAGGAGUAGAGAAAUGUUUUUUGCAACUUUUCUGUAUUUUGUUCUACUGUUCUGCCUGACCUGUCCAUUUCACCUCGGUUUUGAAUUGACUCAGAUACCUUCUUGUUCACCACCAUGGUAUGCCAUCCCACUACGACUGUAAUUGAAUAUGCACUGUCUCACUUCAUUGGAAUAAAUAUGGCUGUUGUGGGUCUAACGUGUCAA